UGAUCAGAAAGGUGAUUUUAUUUAACAUGAGGUACAUAUCAAGGGAUAUAGUCUAUGGAUAUAUAAAGGUAAAGGUACCCAAGAGCAAAAGAGUGGUUAGGUUGUUUAUCAAGUAUCAUUAAAAAUGACAUCAAGAAAAGUCACAGCAUUAGUUACAGGAGCAGCUCAGGGUAUUGGUAAGGCAAUUGCAAUUCAAUUAGCAAAAGAUGGAUAUCAGGUUGCAAUAACUGAUUUACCAUUUCAAAAGGCUAAAGCAUUAGAAACUGUUAAAGAAAUUGAAACAAUUGGAUCAAAAUCAUUAUUUAUACCAUGUGAUUCAUCAAAGAAAAAUGAAGUAUUUGAUGCAGUUGAAGAGACUUAUCAAACUUUUGGGUCUUUUAAUACAAUGGUUAAUAAUGCAGGAAUUGCAACAAUUGCACCAUUAUUAGAGACUACAGAGGAACAAAUUAACAAGAUUUUGAAUGUUAAUAUUAAUGGUGUUGUUUAUGGUAUUCAAGCAGCUGCUAAAAAAUUUGAACAGUUAGGUAAUCAGCCCGGUAAAAUUAUUAAUGCUGCUUCUAUUGCAUCUUAUGAAGCUGGUGUUAUGUUGGGGCUUUAUAGUGCAACUAAAUUUGCAGUUAGAGGAUUAACACAAUCAGCUGCAAAAGAAUUGGCGUCAAAGAAAAUUACUGUUAAUUGUUAUUGCCCAGGUAUUGUUAUGACACCAAUGUGGGAUGAAAUUGAUAAAAAAUCAUGUGAAAUUACUGGAGCACCAAGAGGUUCAGUUACUAAAAGGGCACUUGAUAAGAUUGUUUUAGGAAGAUGCUCUGAACCUCAAGAUGUUGCUAAUUUGGUUAGUUUCUUAGCUAGUGAAAAAGCUGACUAUAUGACUGGUCAAGCAAUUGUUGUUGAUGGUGGUUCAAUUUAUCAUUGA